AUGUCCGAUCCAAGACUUAUUGAUAUGGAGCCAGGUGGAGAGAGUACUCAAUAUGAAUCAAUCAGAGAAUUCAUGAUCACUCCUGCAAAGCAGACCGGUCAAAUGGGAGUUGGCGAACCACACACCAAAAGUGUAACGACAGCCAUUGUUGAUCCCACAGACUCUCCCGCCUCCAGAGACGAGGAAAAUCUAGCACAAAGACUCGGAAUGGGCAUUGUUGAGCCAAAUAAAGAAGAUCUGGAUUUCGACAACGCAGAGGAUGCAGCAGCCGCGAAGACCAGGAGGCAGCAGGGGUAUGGACCCGGCUCCGGGGUCGGUGCUUAA